UGGAGAGACCACAAGCGACGGAACGUCAGUGCUUUGCAGCAUGACGGGCCGUUUGGAGGCCCUACAACCAUGUGAAAGUGUCGAGUGACCAUGAAGCAGGGCCGGCAGAGAGCCCCUCUACGGGGGGCCCUCCUGCUCCUGCUGAUCCUCUGGGCCCGAUCCUGCGUGCCACUUUAUGCUCAAGAAUCUGGCGACGACUAUAAUCAGAAAUUUGGAGACAAAUGUAGAGACACAAAGCAAUGCGCGUUUGAUGGAGCUGUCUGCGACGAUAUAACCCACAAAUGUCUUUGCAAGCCCGAUUUGCCAGUCACCAAUCACAUCGACAAAUGCGGUGUAUCUGCUCGUGUAAAUGAAACGUGUUUGUUUACUGAACAAUGCGAAACCGUCAACUUUCAGACAGAAUGCAAAGAUGGAGUGUGCGUCUGUCGAUUCGAAAAACAAGCUGUGAUGAAACCAGACGGAAGAAUAGAAUGCGAAGUGAUUCAAACAAAGUACACGCCAGAAAAAUAUGUGGAUCCAGCGAUGAUUGGGAUUUUGGUUGCUAUGUUUCUUAUGUUCAUCACUAUUUGCGUUGUUCUACGAUUAUUUAGCAAGGCGAGAUGGCGAGAAAAUAGAACCAUUUUCAACACGCCGAAUCCACGAUUGAUGAACGUCUCUCUCCUGAAGGAAAACAAGCACCUCCACGAAAGGAGGGGAUCCCGGAACAGCCGUGGUCCAAGCAGACAGCCCAGCGUCGCUUCUUUGAGGGCGCAUUCUCCAAAUUCACAAGGGCGUUUGUUUCUAGGGUCACGUCGAGGAUCCAGAGGAAGCAGUAACGUCUCCGCUGCAUCCACCAAGUCCAACAAGAGCCCGCCACAGGCCGGCAACAUGAAUUCGGCCACGACGCCCAUGUUGGAAAGCGUUACAGUCGAAAUACAGGAACCCAAAGCUUAACAGCGAGGCUUCGCGAAUUAUUUUAAGUUAAUUUUAAGUGUGCCAACCUCCAGCCGACAAAAUCACCUGAUUUUGUUCGUUGUCACCCGAAAUCGGUCGGUAUUCUGUUGGAUAAUUUCCGGAUGCUUCGAACCGAGAACAGAUUGAUUUUGUUGAGGGUGGUUGUUGGAUAGUGUAGAGUACUUUUUCAGAUUCUAUAUAUUACUUCGGUAGUAACAAGUGAUGUUAGGGACCAGAAAGGUAACUAAUUUGCCCAGUCAUCACAUUCUUUUAAAAAUCAAAAUUAUUCUCUGUACAAUACCUGUAAAAAUUCUCUCUCAUUCUUCAUUCGAAGUUCACAAUAAUAUAACCGUACAAAUAUACUGUAGUUGGAGUUCUUUAUUAGUGUAAUCGAGAAGCACAAUUUAAAUUAGUAGCACCAGAGCUUAGACGUAAGAAGUAAAAAAAAAGAUUUAAUUCCGCUUCACUUAAUUUUACCAAGAAAAAUUAAGUUUGGUGGUAACAAAAAUACUGGGAAUAUUUUGUGAUACUACCAAAUAAAAAGCUGUGAUUGUAUGUCGGUAGCUUGUAGAAACGUUUAGAACCUGUUAGUGAUCAUCUAACGGAACGCGCCUUAUGGAAUACACUGAAGAUAGUUGUAUAUACGAAACGUUGUAGUCCGCUUCGGAAUCUGUUACUAAAAUUUAAAAAGCAAGUAGAAAAUAAACUGUUUAAUAAUUUUUAUUCUUAAUUAUUUACAAAAUUAAGUUUAAAAAUUAGUCAAAGUAAAAAUCCUUCAUGGCGCAUCAUUUCACCUAGCUACUUCACAAUGCGGCUCGAAGGAUUGAUUUAAAUUAGUUAAUAUUAAAUAAUCAUUUUUAAAACAAGUUUGUAUUUGUCCUGCAAUGUUUUCAUUAAGCUAAUAGAGGUAAUGUGUGUGUGUGUGUUACUUAGAAAUAUUUUAAGAUUACUUUUCUACUAACUUUUUCACAGCAUCAGUAAUAGAUUUCUUACCCUCAGCUACAACGUACUCAAAUAUAACUAUCUUCAAACUAUUACAUGAUACGUAUUCAGUAAGAUGCUCAAUAGCUGGUUCUAACUUAGAAACUGGCGUGGACAGAAAGUGCUGGGAAAACUUUGUGCCCAAAUCAGUUCGAAUAAAAAAAAUUGCAGGCUGGUAUGGACUCGAUCAAAGAAUGUAUACCCUUCUGCCAAAUAUCAUCGAAACAAUUAACUUGUACGAUAAUAAAGCAAAGCUACGUUCAUGAGCAUACAAAGAACAGUGGACUAUCACGUUUUUAGUUGUUGAAUGGCUCUCUUCCUCGUUAACUCUAAAAUUUCUUUAUUAAAAUGUAGAACUUAAGCAUUUAGAUGUUUCAAACACAGAAUAAUAAUAAUAAUAAUACUGUCAGAUUAAAAACACGAGCUUAGCUCUGCUUACCGGUAUUACGAGUUAACUAUGUCGUGUGUUUGAUAUUGCAAAGAAAAUUUAUACUAUAGCUUAUAUCUUUAUACUCUUGUACUGUAUACCUAUGUUUCACCUACUUGCCAAUACUUUUAAUAAAAUGCUAACAAGUUAAUAA